CAGUGUAUAAUUGUACUCGAAGCGCAUCGCACGCGUUUGAUUAAUCUCAUUUAGUCUCGUCGUGUUUGUGUUCGUGCGUGAAAUUCGCAACUCAACAAUCAGAUAGUUCGAAGUGUUGAGUGGUAUUUCCAUCAACCUCGCCAUCUAUCAUCACCUUAUUAAUUUCAGAUUUCAUUCAAUAUCAAUAUCAAAAUGGGGUAGUGUAUAAAUAAAAUCACAAUUAAAACAAAAUAACUGUAGCUUACUUAAAUAAUUAGUUGUUAUAUAGUAGUGUAACAAACCGGCAGCCAUGUAUUCCAUGAACUAUAUCGGCAAGUUUAUCGCGAAGUUCUACAGUGAGAUCAAUGGUGCCACGCUCACGGGCGCCAUAGACGUGGUGGUGGUGGAACAACCCGAUGGCAGCUUCACUUGUUCCCCAUUCCACGUGCGAUUUGGAAAGCUCGGUGUACUGCGUUCCAGGUUCAAAGUGGUGGACUUGGAGUUAAAUGGAGAGCCGCUGAACAUCCACAUGAAACUGGGGGAGUCCGGGGAGGCCUUUUUCGUAGAAGAAGUAGGGGAGGACGAGGCGGCAUGCGCGGCGCACCUGGCCACCUCGCCCAUACCGGCCACGAGGUUCGACGAGCUGUAUGAGCCGAGGCGGAGAAACUCACUCUCUGCUGUCGAACCUGAUCAUGGACAAGCCUCUGACUACACGAAGAGAAGAUACACCGCAGACGGGAAGUCUAUGCAAAAGCCGGACUUGAGCAGACUGGGCAAAAACAAAAAGGACGACAAAAAGACAGUUGACGACCACGACCAUGAGGCAUUGUUCGAAAUGGACGGCUUGAAUGAAGGCUCGUCCGAUUGGACGGAUUCGAAACCAAAGACAUUCGCAGCCACACAACUAGGUUCAGCUGAGAGCGAGGCGAACCAAACGGUGCAGAAGAUCAGCGAGCACAAUGACUUCCGACCAAUCGACGCACCCAGCCACGAGGAUCUCAAACCCAACAACGGAAAUGGCAAAAAGAAGAAAAAGACGAGGAAAGUGAGCUCGAAGAAGAAGCACCAAAGAAAGUCGUCCACCAGUUCGAUUUCUAGUCAGUCUGAUCUCCCCAGUUCUGAGCAGCGCGGUUCGCAACCGACGGCUAUUCCUAACACGACUGAUAUUAACUUCUUCAGCGACAAUGAGGCAGUGACAGGUGGUCUUAGCGAAGAGAUGUCCAACUUGAACCUCAAAGGCGACAAUCGCAUACCGCUGGCGUUGUCGGACACGGCGUUCGAAGUCCACUCCGCCUCCAGACAUUCCAAAGGGUCUCGCCAUGGUACACCAGUCCAGUCUGAUACGGAAAUGGAGUUACAAAGAGCUGCCAAUGGGGACAAGUCGUCGCAGUCUUGGCGGUGGGGCGAGCUACCCGAGCCGCCGGUCCGCGGUCCGCAGACCGAGUCGCCGGAGACCCCGGCGUCGCCUGCAUCCCCCGCGGAGCCAGCGUCCCCUACCGAGCCUUUGAGCUCUGAUGAAGAGCGGACGGAGCGACGAGGAGUCUUAAGCGGCAUGUUCAGGUUUAUGUCAACGCGGGAAGCAGCAGACACAGCGCCCGGCGGCGUCUACCUGGACGACCUGGAUCGCGGUCAAGUCGACCCCGAUCUAUACUUCCCCAAACACCACGCGGACCGCUAUCGGACAGCUGGUAACGUGGGCAUACAGAGCGGGCCCACAGAGGAGGAGUACGAGUCCGGCAACGGGCCGUCGCUGCCGCAGUCGCCCAAUUCACCGACGUCGCUCGACGCGCCCACCCUCGACUCGGACGACGACGAGAAAUUGCUCGCCAAAGGGCAGGUGUCAGUGAUGGCGCGCGAGGGCGCGGUGUCGCGCGCGCUCAGCUACGAGGAGUUCUGCAUGCAGGGCGCGGCCCUCGCCAGCGCGGGGCAGCUGGAGGUGCGGCUGGGCGCGCGGCGCAUGCCGUGGCGCAGCGCCGGCCCGCUGCUGCUGUCGCUGCUGGCCUACAGGCGCCCGCUGCCCAACCGAGUACUGGAAGAGCUAGAGAAAGGCGAGAAGUGCGAGGAGGCGAGCAGUCGCGGCGCCGACGAGGCCAAGCCACGCUCCUACUCGUGGUGGAACUGGCGUCGCUCCAACACAGACAAAAGGUCCGAAUCAUCGCAGCCCAAAGAUGAAAUUCAAGACGUGAGCGCACUGAAUAGCGAUGCAACUAAAAGUAUGACGCCAAAGACUGAGUCAAUAGACGAGGAUCACUUAGAUCACUGGACUGAGGUGAAGGAGGAGAAACUGGAACCACCAAAAGAAGUGCUAGAUGUCAGCGAAGCGGCAAUAGUUGAAGAAGUAAUGGAAGUCGGUGAAACUGCGCCAAUUAUGCCUACUCGCGAAGUGUCCGUGCGCCUUGACCACAGCUCUUCAGACUCCGAGCACGAGGCGCACAACACGAGGACGUCGCGCCGACAGUCUUCCUUCCGCAAAACGCUGCGACUGUCUUCUGACCAAAUUAAAAAGCUGAAUUUGCGCGAAGGCAUGAACGAGAUGGUGUUCAGCGUGACGACGGCGUACCAGGGCACCACGCGCUGCAAGUGCAAUGUGUUCCGCUGGCGGUACGACGACAAGGUCGUCAUCUCCGACAUCGACGGCACCAUCACCAAGUCGGACGUGCUGGGCCACAUCUUCCCACUGGUGGGCAAGGACUGGGCGCAGUCGGGGGUCGCGCAACUCUUCACCAAGAUCAAGAACAACGGCUACCAGUUGUUGUACCUGUCGGCGCGUGCCAUUGGACAGGCCAGGGUGACCCGAGAAUAUCUACGCUCGAUUAAGCAAGGCGAGGUGUGCCUGCCGGACGGACCACUGCUGUUGAACCCCACGUCGCUACUCCGCGCCUUCCACCGAGAGGUCAUCGAGAAAAAGCCAGAGGAGUUCAAGAUCCAAUGCCUGGCCGACAUCAAAGCGUUGUUCCCGACAGGCUCCAAUCCGUUCUACGCGGGAUAUGGCAAUAGAGUCAAUGACGUUUGCGCGUACCAAGCCGUCGGCAUCCCCAUCGUCAGGAUAUUCACGAUCAACUACAAGGGCGAACUGAAGCACGAGCUGACACAGACAUUCCAGUCCACGUACUCGCACAUGUCCGUGCUAGUUGACCAGGUGUUCCCGCCCGCGCAGUGCGAGCCCAGCGACGAGUUCUCACAAAGCGUGUACUGGCGCGAGCCGCUGCCCGCGGUCGAGCUGCCGGCGCGCGCGCCGCCCGCGCCUCACUAGCGUGCGAUAGACGCUAGUAAUAAGCUACGCUCAGAGUUCACGCCAUAGAUGCAAACACGCCCUGCCUACCCUGAGAACUCAUUACGAACCUGUAUUGCGAUUUGUUUAAAGUAUACCAGGGACGUAGUAUGAACCGUAUCAAUGAUACAGGACCCCCGGGCUACAGAGGCCCCUUAAGUGUGAAAGCAAAAAUUAGUAAAAUUUAACCCACAAUCUCACUUAAUAAUAGGGCUUCCCGGAUAAUAAAACAUAAAAAACUGCUAAAUAUAUUUUCGGGAUUUGCGGCCCCCCCAACUAACUUUGAUAUAGUGCCCCUCGCCGCAACGCAAGCUACGCCACUGAUGCAUACCCUAGUUAAAUACCUUGUGCACGUCUACGCUGGCAAAUAUAUGUAAGCUAUGCUGGCUCAUGCUCUCAAUAGGCCAAAUAAUUGACACUUUUUUUAAUAGUUCAUUAUCGUUCUACUAGAUUGAAAAACAAAUUAUAUUUUUAGAGACAUGAAUACGUAAAAAUUUAAUUUUUUUUUUUUAACAAUACAAGCCAAAACGCUGUCGGUUAUGAUGGAUUAUGUAAGCUAAGCUUGCUUGAUCAAAGCUCUAAACAGGCUCCUACUCUUGAUAGGCUAGUUGACAUUUUUUUAAAAGAAUCUUAAAUUUUUCAUUGAAAAAUAAUUAUCAUAUUUUGUUGAGACAUUAAAAUUUUAAUUUCUAAAUAUUUUUUGACAAUACAUGUGCACAGCGCAAUAUGCAUAGACCAUCAUUCAGGUGGGUCAAUUGUAUCCAUAGUGUUUCACUGCAGAUAUAUUUUACAAUAUAUUUUUUUUUGUAACAUUUUUUUUUGGGUUAUAUUAUUCCGCCAUGCUGGUGGCUCGAGUGCGGACCUGAUUAUUAUUAUCAAUCCUAAUAUUUUUAUUAUGAAUCCCUGAUAGACACUACUAGAUUUACCGUGAAUAGAUGUUAAAGUAAAAUGGACUUAAUAUCUUUCAGUUUUAAGUAGUUUUAUUUACUACAGAUUUUAAUUUAAGUAUGUUCCGCUAGGAGCGCUGGCUUUAGAAUUUGUAAAAAUAGGUCCAUUUUUCUUAUUUUAGGAGCAUAGUGUAUUGUGAUUAGUAAUCAAUUGAAUUUUCAUAAUUCCACGUAUGAAUGUAUCCAGUGUGUAUGUGUCUAGUUAAUAUUGAAUUUUCGUGUUGAUUCCGCGCCACGAUUUUUCGUUUCACAAGUAUUUCAAAAGGUUUUAAAAUAUUGAUAUAUCGUCAUCUUUAUACAAAUAAUUUAAUAUUGUAAUAUUCUUUUCGUAAAACAGCCUAAAUAAUAACAUGAAAAAUGUGGUAUAUUUUUGAAUGUUUACAACUUCUUUUCUCAUUUAAAUGCAGUAAACAUUGAAAAACAAAAUUAAUCUGUUACAUAAUUAGGUAUCUAAUGACCGAAUAAAUAAAAAAAAUCGAUAAAAUAAACAAUUUCAUCGUAUUCAAUCAUUGUUUUUUAUCGAAUAAUACAACUUCCUGGAUUUGCAAAUUCUUAAAUUGACAGUGAGAUAAGAUCGUGAUGUGUUUGUGGAAUAAGAUAUUUUGUAUUUGAAUAAUUUUUUGUCAAAAUAUGAUAAUUUCUGUUGAGUGUUAUGUCAAAUGUUAGGGUACCUAAGUAUAUGUAGGUAAAUAUUGGAUAGAAGCAGGCGUUACUUUGCGGAAGUUCAUCAUGAUUAUAUAAUGAUUUAUUUAUAUUGCUAUCAUCCGCGAAAAUUCGGCGAACCCAUGCGACAACGUCACCCAGGUCCGACAAAAUACUCUCUACGUACGUUUCACCCCAAAACCGGAGCAUCCUCAGGAGAUGUUGACUCUACAACGUGCAAUUGCAAAGUUUGCCUUUGCAAUUGCACGUAGAGAGUAUUUUGUCGGACCUGGGUGACGUUGUCGCAUGGGUUCGCCGAAUUUUCGCGGAUGAUAGCAAUAUAAAUAAAUCAUUAUAUAAUUAUGUAGGUAAACUUUACGAUUGAAAUAUGUAGGUACUGUUUCAGUCAUAUUUGCACGUAGUUGUUACAAACGAUAUUGAUUAUGCAAAAGCUGCAUCUUUUAAGUAGUGCAACAUUGUAGCGCGCACGCCGUACAUCGUAAAUGUAUAAGUCGUGUCAAGCAAAACGGGCGCUAAACUGAUUUAGCGAUAUAAUCAUUAUUACAUGUUUAAUGAGGCUCACCUACGCCUCAAAUUGACUGGCUGACCGUAAACUACUCAAAAAAAAAAAUACAAUUGAAAGGUGUAACAGCGGUACAAAAAUAUAACUAUUGAAUUAAAAAGACAUUAAUAAAGUAUUUUAAUUUUGUUGUAAUAUAAACUACUUAUAUGAUUACACAUUUGGGCCUACACGCUAUUUUCUGUUAGCAUACUGGUGCACAUCGAGCCAAUAUGCUUGGUUAUUAAAAAAUCGGAAGCAUGUAAUUGUAUAAAAUGGUCGAUCUUCAGCCAGCAACAUACGAGUAUACCUAUUGUAUAGACUAUAGUUACGUUUUAUAAAAACGGCAAGCGGAGCGCAACUAUUUGACAAGUUGUUACAUAAUUUCCGCUAAGUCCGUGAGUCGACCGAUUGACAGUGAUCGUCGAUUCAUCGAGUCUAUGGGCCGUAAGUCCUAUACGAGUUUAUGUCGUUGCGCUAAGUGUUCAUUUUGCAUGGCGCGACCUUAAUAUUUUGGAUAUCUUACAUAGUCGUCGAUAUUAUGAGCAGGAUAAUGAACAUGCUGUGAUAUGGUGAUCUCAAGUUCAACUAUAUCACGAUGGGAUAGACAUUAGACAUGACAGAAACGUAGUCAUAGCUAAAGUAAUCCUUAUAAUGUUCCAUUGAUAUUAUUAACAAAUGUAGAUAUCGGAAGUGUCUAUACUUGUCUAUGGGUUACCCUUUUUAACUAGAAACUUAACUUAUUAAUCCAUCGCCACAGACUGCACGCAACUAUGUUUGCCAUACCUUGUUUCCAUGUAUGUUAACUUAAUUGUUCUCAGCGAUACAUACUCAGAGGCACAAUUAUCCGCCCACUUUAGUAUACGUCGCGUAUACUUAAGUGGGCGGAUGUUUGUGUCUCUGAGUAUAUUUACGAUAUCUCGUCUCCUGGCGCAUAUAACCAGCCAAGUAGAUGCGUACAGUCUAUAUGUCACCGUUAUAUUGUAAGUAGGUACACUUAGAUUAUAAUCUAUCUCGCGAGAUUGUUAACCAACAACAUACUGCUUACAAUUUAACGUGUUAUUAUUCGGUAGAUUGUAAGGAAAAACGUACAAAUGAAAAUAAAAUACCUAACUUAACCAUUGGUUGGAGCCACUUAAGCCGGGAUAAUGUUGUGGUUCACAAUAUUUAGACAGUUCACAAUCUCGGGAGAUAGAUUAUAAUCUAAGGGUUUUUACAAUUUUACGGUGUCUUAAAUAAGCGGAGCGGAGAUGACCUCAAAGGAAAAAAAUAAAGGCAUGUCCUCAUUUCAAUAAUCUAAUUGGUUAUACUAAAUAAUUUAAUAAUUAGUUACUUCCCUAUUCUCUCCUUCAGUGGAAAUGCAUCCUUAGUCAAAUGGAGUGCAGUGUUAGAUUUCAUCUUAUAGUAAUAAUUACAAAUUGUAAUCCAUAGGCCUAACAAGCGCGCCGCGCAUAUAUCGUAAUGACAUAUUGUCGACCAAUAACGCCGAACCGGAAGUAUUGCUCUUAGUAUAAGAUCCAUAUUAAAAACGACCUUCAUCCAUCUGUUUAUUGGAUGAAAAGUGUCUUGUUAUAUGAAAUUUAGUUCGUUAAAAAAUAUAUUGCGAGUAGGUUGCCUAAAAUUUCUUGGUAAAACUAUUAUUAACCAUUAUUAACUAUCAUUAAUGAUGAAACUUUUGGCCAAAAGUUUUUGAGUCAACCUACAUAUUUGCAAUAUUUUUAACGUACUGAAUUUGCUCUAAAACACUUUUUAUCCAUUAACCAAAUGAAGGUCGUUUCUAAUACGGAUCUUAGAACAUCUCUUUCGUUGUUAUUAAGAAAGAGAGAGCGAUAUUUCAGGUUCGCCGCUAUUGGUCGACUGUCUUUUUCUCAUCACGAGAUGUCGUGGUGCGCAUGUUACGCCUACAGGUAAGUUAGUUUUAAGUAACGGUAUAAAACUACUGGAUGUAUGUUAUUUUUCGGGUUUCAAAGACUGUAAUUUCGUAGUUGCGAUAACCUAAGAAUAUAUUUUUGCCGAUUGUGAUGCCACCAUAAAGCGAUGCUUUACUAUUGUACUGUGAUUAUUUGUUUUGUAUGUAAGUUAAUUUUGUUAUAGUGAAAAUAAAUAGUUUUUUAUUAAUAAAUCCAGUCCCUAGAAAGGCUAGGCCUUGUCAGGUGAUUAUUUUUAUUUUUUGUAUAAAUAUGUUUUUGAUUAGUUUGCUUAUUAGUUGUAGUAUUGAUAUUUUUGUCAUUUAGUUAAUUCCCAUAAUAAAUAUUGAAUGAUUAUCGAAAAAGGUUGGUGUACUUUUUAUAUAAAUAUAAUUUAUUUCCACUGUGAUUUAAAUAUAUUAAUGAAUGUGUA